CUCUGAUUACCAUUUCGUCAGCACUAUAGGUCAAAUCGGCAUCCUUGACUAUCGGUUUUCCUUGCAGCUACGCUACACGUACACUCACUGUGCAAAAAUAUCGAUCGUUCAUCGGAUUGAUUUCCUUGUGUCGAAGUUCGGUGCUUAUCGUCAACAACAACAAAGGAAAACACAUCAUUAUCUAUCGGUUUCGCUGAAUGCCUAAUGAGUGCUGUGGGCUCGUGACUUCGUGACAUCAUAGUGGACCACCUUCUCCCCCGCCCCGACACAAGAUAUAUCGCAUCUCGUCGUCUUCAUCAUUCGUCUCGAUUUGGAAACACACUGUCUCGUUUUCUUCAUUGGAUGAAAUUGAAACAUUUUGAUUUUCCUAAACUGCAUUACGUGUGUUCCAAAUAAUUGCCUUUGUCAACUACUACAAUGAGAAUGACAGGAACGAAUCGGAAUCUAAGACCCUAUCAUUGGCCAAGGUACUGGAGAACAACAUUUAGCAAGUGUAUUUGUACUUCUACUUCUCUUCGACUUGUCUUCAAUUUCUUGAAAUUGUCUAAGAUUGUUUCGAAUGAACAAAGCAUCACCAUGAGCCAAUCUACUACCACAGAGUUUUCCGACACUCUGCAACCCCUGUUGUCAUCUGGAGUGGCACCUGGAGCACGCCUACGACAAAAGAGAUUUGAAGCUGCGUCAGCCGCACGUUGGGAAAAGCGAAGGCAGAUGGGAAAGACCACAUCCGCGAAGUCGGAAAAGAUGAAGAGUACGAAGACCCCUGUGGCAGGAGUAAAGAGAAAGACUGGUCGAGUGGCUGCAAAUAAGGCUUGUGCCUCGUCAUGCGCUUCCAAGGCAAGUAGUAAGGAUGCUGAAGAUGUUGGUGAGAUGGAGAUCAUUGGUAAUAAGUCCAGCGUUGACGGGAAAACGAAGAACGGGGAUGUCCCUGUUGAACAUCAGCUUGACAGUUGUAGCAAUACUACUUCGAGAGAAGGCAGUCCACCAGGUACACACUUUUAUGCACACCGCAUGGAUGCUGACGUGUUAUCUGCUCCUGUUGUCGACAAAACAGAAGAACCUGCACACACGACUAGCCAGGAGGGGCCGGCCCCUGCUAGUCCGGAAUGGAAGACAAGCGUUUCUUCUUCACAGGAAACAACCAGAGCACUCGACGAAGCGAACCCACUUGUCCAGCAGGAAACUGUGAGCGACGUGUCGGUUCCCGCUCUGGCGCCUACGCCUUCCGAAGUUGACAGUGAAAAAACCUCCAACAACGACGACGAUAAGAGCAAAACAUCUAGUGCUGCUUGUGCUCCUGUAGCAGCUCGGCCUUCCUCUACAACUUCUGGCUUCAAACGUCCUAAGUGGAGCAAAAGUGCAUAUUUGAAGAAACCAGUGGUUGCAGAACUAGAAAAAGACAUAGAAGAUACUGCUGCAUGUGCAUCUGUUGGGGUUGGCAGAUCAAAAACGUUUACCACACCAGAGAAAGUGACAGGUCCUCAUUCUUCUCUGAGUAAAACAUCAAUCACGUCGACAGCAAGUACGACUUGUCCUGCUGAUUCAGUAAUGAGCAGUUCAACGGGACUCCUCACGUCAGGAUUGGGCAAAGCAGAAGUGCCAGAAGGUGACCACAAUGCCCAAACUAGUCCAAUUCUGCCUAAACGAGUUGCUUUGCGACCAACGCCGCUUGUGCCACGUAAUCUCGGACCCCUACUCGAUGCAGAAAUUGGACUGCCUUUUUCUGCUGAGGGUGAGGAGAUCGGACUUCCCGUAGCACCAGAAGCAGUUGAACGCAUCACUAGUGUGGCCAAGUUGGAGGAUGGAGGAGGAGAAUCUGAAAACGAUACUCUCCUUGUGAAGCGGGACGUGGACGACGGCGUGUGGGUGUCUGAGAACGCGCAACUUGUGACUGGUGAAUCACCGAAAUUGAGCUUGGAGGCCGACCACACAGAGGGAGCUGCUACCUCUACUGCAAUAGCGGCCACGAUUGACGCAAGAAAACAUCUGAAGGAUGAAAAACAUUCCGAAGGCACUACAAGUACCAUGAGAAAGAGCAUGGGAGCGUCGAAAAAGCCGUCAUCCACGGCGAAAGUGAAUCAAGGCAGAGCUCGAACAACUUCUAGCACUGCCUCGUCCGCGAAGGCACGAUUAUCUUCUCAGACCAACGAAGUUCAAAUGCCUCGAGGUAAAAGGACUUCUCUACCGACACCGUCGAUCAAGAAACCUGCUACUUCGUCAACACCAGUUGUCGUGGAGUCCAAAACAAGUGAGGCGAGGACCACCACAAGUUCGACAACAAGCACUACGACUACAAAGCGCACGACUCCCUCAAAAAGAAGUAGUCGUUCUUUGAAAAUGACGGUACCAGCACCGCGACCUCCUUCUUCCUCCACAUCAGGACCUCCUUCAAGCAGCGCAACGCCCUCCAAGCUCCGCACGCCAGGGUUUUCUCGAGUUGUGCCUUUCGUUCGCAGUCUCCCUGAAGGUGCAGCGCAGGUGUCGAACUCUGUUCAUCGCUUUCACCGCAUCGGCACGGUCGCCUCUAUGAGCAAGCAUCGUGGAGUCCGAUUCUCCUGUGUGUGCGGAAAAAGCGGGUGCGAAGAUCCUCGUUGUGCAGCUGCAUUGGAGAUAGCUGGAUUGGAGAAGGAGCGUCAUGCUGGUGUAGUUACGGAUUUGAAAAAAGUGGUGUGUGAACACUCUCCAAUGUGUGUGCCUGUUGAGCAGGAAGAAGAAGAACGCGAAGUGCUGGCGGAGAGGAACAACAGCACCAGAACGGAAGUUUCGGAAAUAAUCCUACAGCAAGAGAGUGAGAGUACUUCAUUGGAGAUAGCUGGAUUGGAGAUAGCUGCUGCAUUGGAGAUAGCUGGAUUGGAGAAGGAACGCGUUGACGACAUCUGCCUGGUGGAUCAAAGAGUAGAAAAUUUGAUGGAGACCACUGCUUCUGACACUUUUGUUAGCAGUCAUGAGACAAGAACUGUUGAAGGAGUAACAGUAAAAGAAGCAACUGCUGUUGAAGGAGUAACACCAGUAGAAACAACUACUGCGAAGUCGCCGAGCACUCUGCCUCAUGCAGCCACGUCUACUAAUUAUAGCGAUACAUCUUUAAGGUUAAACGGCACACCAGCGUCAGCAUCAUCUUCUGGUCUUUUGACUACAACUCCACCUGCACAUCCCAUGUUGAAUCCUAAUACAACAAGUACAACGACCACGCCAGGAGAAGGAGCUUGCUCAGAUUUUUCCGUUCUCACAUUCCCCGCACCUCCUCCACCGUGGGAUGACUCGACGAAUGUUCGGUUUGGUGCAGAACGUUUCAGGGACCAGAAUCGAGCUGCGGAACUACGCCUUUUACUCGAAUUACGCGAAGAACGACGUCAGCGAGUCCUUGGAGCUGGGCGUGGGCAGUCUCUAGCGGACGUUUUGAGCGGCAUUGAUAGUGCAGUGGCCGCAGGAGCUGUCGAUCAAGGAGAUAAAGGGAAGAAGAUGAUUGAACCAAAAGCAAAGACAAUAGGAAUGGGGAAAAGCAAAAUACGAACGACUAGCGAUUUGUCGUCAUCCGAUGGUAUUAUGUCGUUCAAGCAGCGGCCUGCCGCACGAGUUUCGAGGAUGCGUUCUACUUGUUCGCAGCAGAAAAGUGUGACACCUAACACAAAGAACAACAAGAUGAAGAGCAAGUUCAAUAGAAGUGCAGCAGAGAAGGAAGUGGGUCCCCUUCAGGAACGGUGUACUUCAUGUGCAUCAACUACUUCCACAUCGAAAAGUGCAAUGUUGUCGACUCAAAAUAGGACGUCGUUGACGAACACUAGAACGACAACACCAAAGCCGAACAUCUCCAUCUCCAAAAGCACCACCAGCACCAACAAUAAGAUCAAGAACUCGCUUACGCAGAUGAAGAAAGCAAGACAAGAACACGACCAGCCGCCGAGAAGUAUUUUAAAGAGUAAAAUCAUAAUCAAGAAUACUGACGAUAUUUCUCGCGACGACGCGCAAAACGACGAGCAGCAGGACCCUCUCGAACUGAGAUUGCCGCAUCCAGGUGAAUUAUGCAGAGAUGGAGAUGAAUCCUCCAGUGACGGUUCAUGCCUCAGCUCGCCUUUCACGCACUACAGUGAAGACGCACAUGAUACGGCGAGGGUACUAGAGGCAGAGGCUGCUGCGCAUCUAUUGGUGGAAGGUGUUUUUACUCGUCCUCCUGUUUUGGAGGAAGAGGACUACGAAUGCAACGGUGGUGAAGCUAGCGGAUCACAAUGUAGAAGCCGUUGCACUAGGUGGCGAGCGCAGCUAUUGUUCGAUACUGCUGCUCCCGCAGCAAUAGUAUCUGCGGCACUGAAGCGCUGUAGUUUAGGGAGUACCAGAAUAAUUGCCCUUUCUGGUGGUGGAGCUUCGUGGAACAAAAGUCAUCCGUCAAGUAAAGGAGUCAUCGCCUUUCUGCGCAUGUUCUUGGUGCAGACUUUUUACCUGUGCAUGCUUUUGAUGAUGCUCGUGCUGGCAGUGGACUUGGGUGGACUGGAACAGGAACUAGGUGGGGGAGGAUGGCCCUAAGAGGCUAAAGUCGAGUUGGGGAAGCAGCUGACGCUGAGCUUUUAGUUAUAUUUAUUAUUUUUGAAACUGACGUAUUAGUAUUCAGAACCACUAGAAGAGUACGUGCUAUUGGUAAUAUUCAGAACUAAGUAGAAGAGUACUAUUACUGACAUGGUACCAAGAUCAUUUUUGAAAAGAGCUGAAAGUGAAAUACAGAUAGAUCUAUCUAGCUAGUAGUAACCACCUAUGUGAUAUUUACCGGUGGCGUCACAACUGUCUUGAUUUAAGAGGGACAGUACCGGCUUGAAUAAAGCAUAAGAAAGAUCGAGUUUCAAGAACAAGGACAACCUACCUAUUUCACGUCAUGCAGAACUUUUAGUCUGUUUUUAGCUAAGAUCAUAGUCUCAGGCUGAGCAUCUCACGCCUCACCAAUAUUAGAAAUCUGUGUAGUACAUGUACUGUCCUAUUCCAAAAAUAUAGCUCUUGUCAUAUCGAUUACUUCUGAAGUGUAUUACUACCCCUUACGAUGUGGACCUUGAUCUGAAGCUGAGCUAAAUGUAAAGCGAAACUCGUCGUGGUAUAAUUUUGCUGAUUUUGUCUCUGUGGUAGCUACUAAGUCGUGCUGUAUAUUCUUAUUCCAGUCCUUCGUAAAACUCCAUCAUCAACAUCUCGACCACUAGUGUAACAAAAAUAGAGGUUGCCAACCUUAGUGGUAUUGUAUUCGGCGUUAAUGCUGAUGGAAAAAUAUCAUGAUACUACUAGAUAAGUGUCUGUAUUUUUUUGAAAGAAAAUGGAUCAUAAGCAAUCAAUCAUAUUUCUCGGUAUAAUCUCAUGAUGAUCUUCGAGUCCUUUUACAGUGAAACAAAGUAAACGUUUUUUGCAAUGCAACGAACUGUAGUUGUAGAAUAGUAAGUGAUACAAGCGCAACUCUAGAACACUCAGUAGUAAAUACAAGUAGAUGUAGAACCAAAACUUGACCAAUAGGAUGUAUCUUGAAGCUCCUUAAUUUAGAAUUUAAAAGUCUGAUUACCCGCUAGAAGAGAAGAGGAAUCCCAUUAAUUUGCAUCGUUGUUGGCCCUAUACGCAGAACUGAACUAUAUUUUGACGAUAUUGAUGGACAAACACCAACGGACAACUACGACAAGAUAGAUUACGAUUCGGUUGGAGGAACAUAGAGAUAGGAACCUGCACCUGGUACGAUGCGCUUUCUUCAUGCAGUGGAUGUCUUGGCCACGUUGACUCUAAUCUAAAUCUAAUAAGCAUUCUCCUGUAGCAUUCGGAUGGUCGUGCUCGUGCUAUGAACACAGCAUGCCAGCUGUAUGGAUUUUUUGCAUAAAAGCAAUAUCGAUCAUGCUAAGGAUGAAAAAUGUAGACCACACGGGG